AUGAGUCAUUCUGCUUCUUCAAGCACUGAUAGUUCAGGAUACAAUGAUUCCAGUGCUCAAGAAGUUAAUGGUUCAGAUGAUUCAAGCAAUGUUAGCCCUGCUAAAAGGAAAAGGAAUCAAGAAAGCAGUUCAUCAAAAUCUGAUUCAGGAAGUAGUAACUCUUCAAGCUCUAAAAGCUCAUCAAGUUCAAGUCAGUCGAAUUCUUCGAGUGAUAACGAAGACAGUGAUUCUUUCCACGUCGAUAAUUAUUCAGUUCAAGAUAUUUUUGCUGUUACUGCAAAUCUUGAUGAUCCAGAAUAUCUUCUAAAUUUAGAGGAUAGUUCGGUCAUAAGAUCUGUUACCACAAAUUCCAAGGAAUUGAAUCGCAAAAAAGAAAAUCAAAAAAUGCUAAAAGAAUUUAACGAAUCGGCAAACUUCGGACUCAUGGUUUCUAAUUUGUCACCUAAGUUUUUAGAGCCUAUGCAAGCCCCUAUAUCAGUUCCGCCUUUAUUUGUUGAUCGUAUUAUAACUCAUCGAUUAUCAUCAAAUCCUACAGUCUAUUCGAUCGAGCCUGAUGAAACUGAAGAGGAAGAUUCAUCAGAAAAUACAGAAAAAACUACUAUUUAUUAUGUAAAGUGGAAUGGACUCGAUGAGGACGCAGCAAGCUGGGAAACAGUUGAAUCCAUCAAUGGUAAAGCUACUUCCCUAUUUUGCGCUCCAAAUGCUUCCGAAUUUCCAAGAUUAUUAGAAAUCUACUGGAGAAAGACGAAAAAGUCUGAAAAAGACAUACCGUUCGAUAAAUUCCCCGAAAAAAUCCAACCAAUCGAUUUUCUACAUAAUAUUAAAUUAACAGAUUUACAGCUCGAAAUCUUCGACUUCAUUGUUCAAUCAUUACAUGAGGACAAGGCCGCAGUUGUCAGAAUUCCUCAAGGAGUUGGAAAAACAAUGAGUGUUGCCGCAUUAUUAAAUACAGCCGCAUUUAAGUACAGCAGCAACCACCCAGCGCUUAUUAUAUGUGACGACCCUUAUUCAUGGGUAGAAACAAUACGAUUCGCUACGAACCUUUAUUGGUGUGAAUUUCCUGAAAGUAAAACCGCGAGAUCUACAAUUACGCAAGAAGAAUUCGUUGGAAAAGUCGGCUGCAAGUGCGACGUACUUAUAGUAACUCAUGAUAUAUUACAGCGUGGUAUGAACUACUUUUCUAAGGUAAAAUGGGGAUUUAUCGUCGGUGAUCAGACAACAUCGGCAUUUAAGAUUCCUGUUUGGGUUACAAGACUUCCUGGUCAUAAGAUAUACCUCUUUAACUCAGAAGAUGACGAUUUCAGCAUCAAUCAACAAAAUUGUAAUAUUCAUACGUUUUCUGGACCAGUUUUCAAGGCUCAUGAAGAGCUCAUCCUCGUCCCUGAUGUUAUUGGUGAUAGUAUUGCUGAACUUCUCCAUAAAAAUUUGAAGAAUUACGAUAUGAGUUUAUAUGAUCAGUAUCAAGUACAAUGUAUGUUCCUGCAAACAGCCUAUUCACAUCCUUUCCUUGUUCCCGAGCUCAAAGAUAUCAUUGUUCGUAAGAAAAUCAUUAAAAUGGGAAGAGAUUUAACAGAAGACGAAAUGAUUAAGCUCAUGGCCGAAUCAUCGAACAAAUUCAAGGAAGUUGCAGCCAUUGCAGCUGAAUGCGCUCAAAAUAACACAGUUUGUUGCAUAUUUGCAAACGGAUUUGCAAUUUUACGUCUUCUUAUGCAAUAUCUGACCUAUAAAAAUAUCCCAACCUCAUUCAUGCACUCACCACUGCCCGAGGAAUCGUAUUCAACUGAUUUCAAAGCAGGUGCAUUAUUAUUGACCCGAAAUAUCAAUUCGCCAAUUAUAGAUCGCCUCAACAUAUCAACUCUUGUCUUCUUAGACCUCGAUGAGGACUUCCAAACUGACCUCCACAUUCAAGAAUUCUUUGUUCGUCAAAAGAAUGUGACCGUUAAGCGGUUAAUUACCGCAGAAACUGCAGAAUCCGCAAUGUUCGGUUACAUUCUGAACACAGACGAGCUAAUUAUGCCGGAUUUACCGAAAGAAGAUGCAGAAGAAAUUUUGAGGUACGGAGUGGCCACGACAUCGAACUGGUCGCUUGCCAAGUCCACGGAAAAGACGAUUAUCAAGGUCGUUUAUCCAGAUAUGAUGGACCAAAUCUUCAAAGAAUUUAAUGAAGACCCAAUUGAAGGUUUGGCACCGGAAACAGAGUUCUGGAAGAACGAUUUCAAACCAUCCGAUUCAAUUCCUACAAGUUCGAACAGAAAUAUCAAAACUUGCAGAAAUUUGAUAGAUAAUGUCUGCAAAUAUGGAAUUUUCGAGAUGGGCAAGGUCUCAAAGGCUGUAGGAUUAGAUCCAGAUGUUGCUCUUCACUAUUUGAAGAUCAUUUUCCUUUUAAUGUUAUCAGAAUGCAAUUCUUACGACGUUUUAUUACUCGCAGGUUAUAUUUCCAAUCUCCACAACCUCCCAGAGAUCCCAAUAACCCGCGAUGCCUGGGAGAACGUCUGGAUCAAGAACUACGGCCAAUACGAACUCGCCGAUAUAAUUACGAAAAAUUUGGCCGAGUCAAAAGUUUUCAGAAGUUUUGCCAAAACUUGCCAAAUUGCCAAUGACAGGUUAGUCAUUGCCGCUUACGAAGGAAUUUCGACGGAUACAUUUCCCAUUCGUUUUUGUUCAGAAAAAAGUUCGAUGCCAACAUUAGAACAACUUUCACAAGUGAUAAACACGACAUCUUUCAUUGCCGCGCGUUACGAAUCAUUAAGGACAGCCAUGGCAAACGAUGUUUAUUCAUUUGCCACGCAUUAUCCAAGUGAAAACAGGAUAUUUACUGGUAACAAAUCCCUUGAUUUCGCUGUUGAACUCUUCAGAACAAAUCCGAAAUCAACAGCAUGGGAUGAACGUGAAGUAAACAAAGUUUUAGAGAUGUUGACAAGUUAUGGAAUUCCUUAUACAAAAGACUCACAAAAAAUUGAUGGCGAUGAAAUUGUUUCUUUGUGUAGAUUGAUAAGGAAAACUCCUGAAGAAGCUGUUUCUUUUGUCAACAGUUUACAAGAACAAAUCAUGAAAUUCCAUGUACAUGAUUUGAGUUUAGUUUUACCUGAUUCUUUGACAAAAUCUGACAACAUCAUUGAAAUAACAGGAGCUGAAAUAGAGAACAGGAAAUCAGACAUUUUGGCAAUGCAUGUUAUCAGAAGUUACAUGUUGAUGAAUCAGACAGAAAAACAGGAUUUGUUUAUAAGAACAUUACCUGAUAAAUGGACAUUAGAUAAUGAUUUGCAACUGUUUAAAUUCGCUUGUCAAUUCGGAAUUGAUAAUGCGAAAAACAUCCCAGAAGUUCAAAUAAAUAAAUCACAUAAUGGUCCCGAACAAUUAAUAACUGUUGAAGAAUAUAAUGAACUCAAACAAGCAGCUACAAAUAAAACAAUGGCUGAAAAGAGAAUUGCUACUUUAGUUCAAACAUUAGCAAUUAAAAUCAGCCCACUUUUGGAUGAAGAAUUUGAGAAAAACAUUAAGAAACAGAUCAAAAAAUCCGCGAUGAAAUCAUCUCCUUCUCCUCAAAGACAAGCUGUUGUUUUACCUAUUCCUGAAUCACAUCCACAUACGCCAUUGAAUACAAAACCAGGAGCUCCAACACAAGUAAUUACUUCUACAAGCCAAUUACCACCAAAUUGCCAAACACAGAUCAUAUCAAUUCAAAAACCUCCACGUCCAGAAGAUUUACUUAAAAACAAGGAAAUAAAUGUCGAUCAAUUUCUUCAAAUGGUCAGAGAAAACAAAGUACAAAACAAUUCAAUAUUUAAUGCUGUUAAAGAUGAAAGUUUACCACCAGAAUAUUUGUUACAAAUCAUAAGAGAAGAAAAGAUAUCUUCUAAUUCUUUGUUACAAUUAAUUAAUACAUAUAAAGUUCCUCCAAAUGUUUUGUAUCAAGCGAUGUUAGAAUUCCAUAUUCCAAAAGAAAUUGUUGAUGACGCCUUUGUUUUCGUGAUAAAUUCAAAAGCGUUUCCAAAUGAAAUUGUACAGAACUUGAUGACAAGUUACAAGUACAAUCAAUCAACAAUACAAACAGCUUUGUCUCAUAGAGGAUCAAUCAUUUCUCAAGCGAAGAAAGAACAAAGAGAUCAAAUUCGACAGCAACAACAACAAAUUUUAAGACAAAUUUCUGCACAGCCACAAAUUGCAUUAUAUGGACAGCCACAACCACAACAACCAAUUGCUAUUGUUGUUACUCCUCCUCAGAAUAUAAUUUAUCCUCCUGCACAGUUAAUGAAGCCACAAACUCCUCAGAUGAUUCAAACAAGGCCAAUUUCGAUGCCACCACAAAUUUUGCAUUCCCCAGAAAACUUGGAACAAGAAAAAGAAAAACACGCAUUGUUGAUACAACAAAUAACAGACAAGAAGGCAAAGAGAGGUCGGAAAUCAAACAUUGAUAAGAUAAUUGAACAACAAAAGAUUCAUCAAUUCCAACAACAACAACAAAAUCCUCAACAAAAUCAACAACAACAAAUUCCUGUUUCUCAACCGAUAACAACACCUCAAACACCACAAAUAAUUCAUCCGCCACAGCCAACAACACAAACAACUAAUUUGUUGCAGCCACAAUUGAUUCAACAAAUGAUUUCUCAAAAACAACAACAAACUCAACAGUGGCAACCUCAAAUACAAAAGUUUGUCCCCCAAAAUAAUCCUCAGACCACGAUCACUUCACCUGUUAUUGUAAAAACGGCUCCUACUGUUAUAUUGCCUGCACAAAUACCAAUACAAGGUUCACAACAAAGUGAGGCAAAUAAACCUAAUCCUACAAAGCCAAAUGCUUUGGAUGUUUAUUUUGAUGGAGUCAGCAAAUUACAAGAUAGAAGUAACAUGUAA